AUGUCCCUGCUAUGUGUGGGAGUGAAGAAAGCCAAGCUGGAUGGACCCCAAGAGAAGUUCAACACUUAUGUGACUCUUAAGGUACAAAAUGUGAAGAGCACAACCAUCGCUGUCAGGGGCAACUUGCCCAGCUGGGAGCAAGACUUCAUGUUUGAAAUUAACCGUUUAGACCUGGGUCUGACAGUAGAGGUGUGGAACAAAGGGUUAAUCUGGGACACCAUGGUUGGCACUGUGUGGAUUCCCCUCCAUAACAUCCGACAGUCAAAUGAGGAGGGUCCAGGCGAGUGGCUCACCCUAGACUCCCAGGUCAUCAUGGCUGAUAAUGAGAUCUGUGGCACCAAAGAUCCCACCCUCCACCUGGUGCUGCUCGACACACGCUUUGAACUGCCUCUCGAUAUCCCUGAGGAUGAGGCACGGUACUGGGCCAAAAAACUGGAGCAACUCAACGCCAUGAGGGACCAAGAUGUAAGCCAUCACCCUUACUCAUAUCAGGAGGAGCAAGAACGCCCUCUUCGUGUACCAGGAACCCAGUGUUGUAACUGGAGCCUUUGGGGAGAACAACAAAAUGAUGACCCAGACAGUGCCGUGGACGACAGGGACAGCGACUAUCGAAGUGAAACCAGUAACAGCAUCCCUCCACCGUACUACAGCACAUCCCAGCCCAACGCCUCCGUUCACCAGUAUCCCAUCAGCCACCAGCACCGCAGCUCCGGAAGCUACUCUUACCCACGCUCAACCAACAACCAAGACCUCGACUACAACAAUCAGAGGACUGUCAGCCCCACAGGGAGCUAUGCGUCAUCCGCAGAGUUGAGUCGAUGCAGUAGUCAGCUGAGUGAGGAGGACUAUGGCGGUGAGUAUGGAGAGAGGGACCCUUAUGACGAAAAUGACUCCUACCACUCCUGCCACUCGUCAGUUAGCUACAGUAAAGGCUCCCCUGACUGGGAUCCUGAUGAGACUCAGGGGGCAUACAGUGAUGAAGGUGGCUACAGCAAAGAUGGAGGCGAGGAGGCAGCCCUGUAUGAGGAAGAUGACGGAGGACUGUAUGAGGGAGAAGAGGAGGGCCUCUAUGAGGAUGAAGAGAUGAUGUAUGAUGAUGAAGAUUUGUACAAUCUAGAUGGAACCCUCAGUGAAGACAUGGAGCCACCAUUCACCCCCACCCCGACGUCAACUGUCCCGCCAACUCUUGACAUACCCAGCUCCAGACCUCCACUAGAGAAACAGCCUUCCUUACACCAACAGCAGCCCCCCACUCAACCUUCAAGCCAAACGUCCAACCAGGCUCAUCCUCCUGGCAUGACCCCUGCCCCUGCAUCACAGCCCCCCACUGGUCAAAUGGCCCAACCGCCUAAACAGCCCCAACCUCAAACACAGCCUCAGCCACAGGCUGCCCCGUCUGCCACUUCCUUCUUCUCGAUGGCCAAACCUCUAACAGCUGCAGUGACAGGCUUGGCCUCUACUUUCCUCUCCUCUGUUCCCACCGGCCAGCCUGCACAGUCUCACCCCCCAGCAUCAGCUGUACCUCAACAACAGCAAUCUACUGUUGUACCACCAUCCCACCCAGCCACAAUGGCUGCCUCAGCCUCCCAGCCCCCUUCCACUGCCAUGGGUCCUUCCUCCCAACAGACCCCACCGUCUGCACAGCCUCAAUCCCAUCCCAAUGGUCCUGCUACCACACAGUCAACUGCCUCUCCAGACCAGACCCUCCAGCUAGAAGAAGAGCCUUGGCUAGAAGAGGAAAAUAUGUUGGAGAACGAGGUCAGGACUUCCCCUGCCCAGUCAGAAGAAAAGUUCCCCAUGGAGGAGGAGGAGGAACGCAUUGAAGAGAGCAGACCGCCGACGCCAAUAGAGGAAAUUGAGAUGCUGCCUGAGAGUCCUGCAGUCAUAGAGGAGCCCAAAGAGCCAGUGGAUCCAGCAGUCAGGGCCAAAGAGAAUUGGCUAAGACUCUACAACAAGGUCUUAGAACAGCUUCGGGAGGCUCGAGGAGAGACUUCCAACUCUCUGUGGUUCGGUAAAGGAGGGAUGGGAGGUGCCCUCUACAGUAUUGACAGCAUGCCGGACCUGCGCAAGAGAAAAGCCAUUCCUCUUGUCAGAGAUCUGUCUCUAGUACAGAACUCUCGAAAAGCUGGAAUCACCUCAGCCAUGGCUUCCACCACUCUUGGCAAUGAAGAACUGAAGAGUCAUGUUUAUAAGAAAACCCUGCAGGCUCUGAUCUACCCCAUCUCCUCCACAACCCCACACAACUUUGAAGUAUGGACGGCCACCACGCCCACCUACUGCUAUGAAUGUGAGGGACUGUUGUGGGGUAUCGCCCGACAAGGCAUGCGCUGCUCUGAGUGCGGUGUCAAAUGCCACGAUAAGUGCCAGGAUCUACUGAAUGCCGACUGUCUGCAGAGGGCUGCAGAGAAGAGCUCCAAGCAUGGGGCAGAGGACCGAACCCAGAACAUCAUUAUGGUCCUAAAGGACCGCAUGAAGAUCCGAGAGAGGAACAAACCAGAGAUCUUUGAGCAAAUCCAGGAAGUGUUCGCCCUUGACAAAACAACACAUGGUACACAAAUGAAACAGAUCAAGCAGAGUGUGCUAGACGGGACCUCCAAGUGGUCAGCAAAGAUCAGCAUCACUGUGGUAUGUGCCCAGGGCCUGCAGGCUAAAGACAAAACAGGAUCCAGUGACCCGUAUGUUACCGUUCAAGUGGGGAAGACCAAGAAGAGGACCAAGACCAUCUAUGGCAACCUCAAUCCAGUCUGGGAAGAGAACUUCCACUUCGAAUGCCACAACUCGUCUGAUCGCAUCAAAGUUCGUGUUUGGGACGAGGAUGACGACAUCAAGUCUCGAGUGAAACAGAGGUUCAAACGUGAGAGCGAUGACUUCCUGGGUCAAACCAUCAUCGAAGUCCGCACUCUGAGUGGGGAGAUGGACGUUUGGUACAACCUGGACAAGCGAACAGAUAAGUCUGCUGUGUCAGGAGCCAUCCGGAUGCACAUAAGUGUGGAGAUCAAAGGAGAGGAGACGGUGGCUCCUUACCAUGUCCAGUACACCUGUCUACAUGAGCAUCUGUUCCAGUACACCACUGAGGAGCAGAAUGGCGGAGUAGUAAAGAUCCCUGAUGCCAAAGGGGACGAUGCCUGGAAGGUGUAUUUUGAGGAGACAGCUCAGGAGAUAGUGGAUGAGUUUGCCAUGAGAUACGGAGUCGAGUCCAUCUACCAGGCCAUGACCCACUUUGCCUGCUUGUCAUCUAAGUACAUGUGCCCAGGAGUGCCAGCCGUGAUGAGCACCCUGCUUGCCAACAUAAACGCUUACUACGCCCACACCACGCAGUCCUCCAACAAUGUUUCUGCCUCGGACAGAUUUGCUGCAUCAAACUUUGGCAAGGAGAGGUUUGUCAAACUACUGGAUCAGCUGCACAACUCCCUGAGGAUCGAUCUGUCCAUGUACCGGAAUAAUUUCCCUGCCAGCAGUCCUGAAAGACUCCAAGACCUCAAGUCUACUGUUGACCUGCUGACAAGCAUCACAUUCUUCAGGAUGAAGGUCCAGGAGCUGCAGAGUCCCCCCAGGGCGAGCCAGGUGGUGAAGGACUGUGUAAAAGCCUGUCUCAACUCCACCUAUGAGUACAUUUUCAAUAACUGCCACGACCUCUACAACAGGGAAUACCAGACAGAUCCUGCCGUCCCUCCAGAUGAGCAGGGUCCCAGCAUCAAAAACCUGGACUUCUGGUCAAAGCUCAUCACACUCAUCGUGUCCAUCAUAGAGGAAGACAAAAACUCUUACACUCCCUGCCUUAAUCAGUUUCCCCAGGAACUGAACGUGGGCAAGAUCAGCGCUGAGGUCAUGUGGAAUAUGUUUGCACAAGAUAUGAGAUACGCCAUGGAAGAGCAUGAGAAACACCGCUUGUGUAAGAGUGCAGAUUAUAUGAACUUGCACUUCAAGGUGAAGUGGCUUUAUAAUGAGUACUGCAAGGAGCUGCCCACUUUCCAGAAGCAUGUUCCUGAAUAUCCUGCCUGGUUUGAGCCAUUUGUCGUCAUGUGGUUGGACGAAAAUGAGGAAGUGUCCAGAGAUUUUCUACAUGGAGCUCUGGAAAGGGACAAAAAAGACGGGUUCCAGGUCACAUCAGAGCACGCUUUGUUCUCCUGCUCCGUGGUGGACGUGUUCUCUCAGCUCAAUCAGAGCUUUGAAAUCAUCCGCAAACUGGAGUGUCCCGACCCUCAGAUUGUCGGCAACUACAUGAAGAGAUUCGCCAAGACCAUCGGCAAUGUCCUGCUGUCUUACGCUGACAUCAUAGCGAAAGACUUUCCAAAUCAUGUCAAGAAGGAGAAAGUGCCAUGUAUCAUCAUCAAUAACAUCCAGCAGCUGAGAGUUCAGUUGGAGAAGAUGUUUGAGGCCAUGGGAGGCAAAGAUCUCAAUGUGGAGGCAAGUGACUUCCUGAAGGAGCUGCAGAACAAACUCAACAACGUCAUGGACGACCUCAGCCACAUCUUCGCUGUCAGUUUCCAGCCCCAGAUUCUGGACAAUGUGAGGCAGAUGGGGGACAUCCUGGCCCAGGUCAAAGGUCAGACAGUACCGGCCAAUGGCAGCGUGGUUCAGGAGGCGGACAAUGUGCUGCAGCCCAUCAUGGACUUUUUGGACAGCAACCUGUCGCUGUUUGCUAAGAUCUGUGAGAAGACAGUUCUGAAGAGAGUACUGAAGGAGCUCUGGAAACUGGUGAUGAACACAAUGGAGAAAACAAUUGUGCUUCCUACACUAACAGACCAGACGGGCACCCAGAUGAUCUUCAAUGCUGCUAAGGAUUUAGGCCAGCUUUCCAAGCUCAAGGAGCACAUGGGCCGAGAAGAGGCCAAAGCCCUGACUCCUAAACAGUGUGCAGUAAUAGAGCUGGCACUGGACACUAUUAAGCAAUACUUCCAUGCCGGCGGUGUGGGGCUGAAGAAAACAUUCUUGGAAAAGAGUCCAGACCUGCAGUCUCUACGCUACGCCUUGUCUCUGUACACGCAGGCCACAGACAAACUCAUCAGGAAGUUUGUCCUCUCACAGAGUGCUCAGGCAUCUGGAGUGGAUGCAGUUGGUGAGGUGAUCAUGAACGUUGACAUCUUACCCCAGCCUAAUGGAGAACACAAGAUCAGUGUCAAAGUGGUGGCAGCCAAUGACCUUAAAUGGAAGGCGCAGGGUUUCCGGCCCUUCGUGGAAGUCUACAUCAUCGGUCCUCACCUCAGUGACAAGAAGAGGAAAUUUGCAACCAAGUCCAAGAACAACACCUGGUCACCUAAGUUCAGCGAGAGCUUCCAGUACUCCCUGGGUACUGAGGUUGGUCCAGAGAGCUACGAGCUGCAGGUGUGUGUGAAGGACUACUGCUUUGCCAGGGAGGACCGCACCGUGGGCAUGGCCGUGCUGCAGGUGAAGGACAUGGCCAACAAGGGCAGCGUCAGCUGCUGGAUGCCACUGGGCAGGCGUGUCCACAUGGACGAGACGGGCCUGACAGUGCUGCGCAUCCUCUCUCAGCGCAACAACGACGAUGUGGCAAAAGAGUUCGUCAAGCUCAAGUCAGACCAGCGUUCAGCAGAGGAGGGUCGCAGCUGAGGGAACGAGGAAGAGGAGCGCACAUGUGCACAAACACACCAGAGACGUACCUGAUAGACAUAGUAUUAUGCACACAUAUAGUACUCACCCUUUCAUAGAUAGACAACCAUGUGCAGUACACAAGCACACACAUGAAAAUGCUCUAUUGUACAUAU